UCCACACUGAAAUCUGAUUUAAAGAACUAUCUAAUUCUAGACAGAUGAAGAUGCUACCUUAUAUUAUCCUCAAUACUAUCAUCCAUUGUACACUUCCAGUUACAAUGUCAGGUAGUGGGGUUCAGCCCCCUUUAACCACCCACAUACUAGACACAGCAAGGGGAAAGCCAGCUGGAGCUGUACCAAUGGUUUUGUCUAUUCAGGAACAAAAUGGAGACUGGAAACAAUUAGAAACAGGGACUACAAGUAUAGAUGGUAGAGGAGGAUUUCUAACACAGUCUACUUUCCGCCCUGCUGUAUAUAAACUUUACUUUGACACAGGAGCCUAUUUCAAAAAGAAUAAUUUAAAGGGAUUCUAUCCAUAUGUAGAGGUUGUUUUCCAGAUAGAAGAUGAGAAGCAACAUUACCAUGUUCCACUGUUACUUAGUCCUUAUGGAUAUUCUACAUACAGAGGGAGCUAAUGAGAUACAAAUCUGUUAUAUCUAGACAAUGACUAUAGCUAGAAGAUUAAGAGAAUGAACUGGAAACCAGUCAUACAUGUUGAUAAAUUCUAAGAUGAUAGAAAUGUGAAAUUUUAAAAGAUAUUUAGGUUCCAAUUCCCUGAGGGAAGUUAAAAUUGAUGAUUUUGGCUUACUCAUCAUGAACCCUAAAGAUUCUAGUUUUCUGUGUUUAUUGCAUAAUGUGGGAAAAAUUAAUAAAGUCGCCAUAUUGUUUACAAUUCUCUACGUAAAUGUUCUUAUAUGGAGAGCUUAAGAAAACCCCAUGAUAUCAAUGGAAAGAUUAUAUAAACAAAGCCUAAAAAUUAUCUAAAGCUAUCUAGGGUCAACUUUACUUGAGCGGGUUUUGAAUGUUAUAAGUAUUAUUUUAGAAUUUGUUGUUGCCUAGUACUUUAUAUUCCACUGGGAAUAUUUUUAUCUUUGAAAAUAUAAUUUUGUAUGUAAACUUAUUAAAAAUGAUUAUUUUA